AUUGCGAAGGCGGACGAACUGUAAUCUGAAUUUCGUUUCAAUUAAAUCCAUUUUGCAGUUAUUUUAAUUACUCACUAUUUGGCCCAAAUAUGUCUUUUAAGCUGUCAACUCCCAUCUUUUUUUUUGGUAUUAUGGUUUUGUGACGUACCAAUGUGAAUCUUACAUACUACUGUAAAUCACUUUCGGUUCGAAAGCAUUAUCGAUAUCGAUAAUGCUGUAAUAUCAACGCUUAACAGCGGCUCAAAUUGGCAUUCUAACAAGCAUUCGAAAGAAUUUAGAGUAAUAUUAUUUGUUUGCAAUGGAAAUGGAUGAUGCGACUAAGCUAAUUCAGUGUACUGAGACGAAAAAGUUGCUGGAGGCGCGUGAAGCGGCGUUGACUAAUGUCCUGAAGCUAAAAGUGGUACUGAAUGAGGUGCGCAGCUUAAAAAUUGGAGCAGAGAACCCAGAAAUCGAGCGCGCUCUCAAAUUUGUGUCCGUCACCGAUCACAUUCGCCUAGGCGAAAAUCAGAAUCACUUGCUUGGCUUGCAGGAGUGCAGCAGUGGACCGCCACUCAGUUACACUGACAGAAAAGUUGUGCGUGAUAAACUGGUGGCAAAUCUGCGUGCUAUUCUCCCUCCAAUCGCUCAGUUGGGCGACAAGAUACGAACGGAGUUGCCAGAUGCAUUACGAAAGGGAGACGAUUUGCAGCUGACAACACAACAGGAGGAAAUAAUUCGUUUGCAGAAGGAGCAGCGUGCUUGCUUAGAGAAAUUGUCGGCGUUACUGCAUCAGAAGUGUGUGCUGAUGAUGAAGGCGGCAGAUUUGAAGAUGGGUCCACAACUGGCCAGUGAGCUGAAGCUGCGGCAGGCGCAAGCGCAAUUAAAACAAACAAAGGCGGAAUUGCUGCGCAGCUUUAUGAUCGAUCAAGUAUUCUCGCAAACGGAUAACAGUCUGAAAGCCCACCAGGAAGUCGACAAAUAUCUCAAUGAAUUGAUAUCACAAAAAAUAAGAAAAUAAAUAAUAUACACAAUUAACUUAAUUAAAUA